CAGUGACGAGGCGCGGCGCCCCGGGCGCCCCCGUUACCGAGCCAUGCCGGCGCCGUGGCUCGGCCGCUGGCUCCGCACGGUGCCCGGCGUCACCCGGGGGGUCCGGGAGGGACGGCUGCCACUGCGGGUCCCCCCUGUCCGGGCCGUGCUGAUGGCGCCCGCCACGUCCCCCGGGCCUGUCCCGCCUGUCCCGGCGUGGCAGCACGGCGAGCAGCGGCCGUCUCCGCAGCAGACAGUGACGGUGGAGGUGCUGGCUCACUUGGAGCACCUGGCCUUGGUCGAUUUCCGUGAUUCGGAGGGCGUAGAGCGGCUGCAGAAAGCCAUCCAGUUUGCUGAUCAGCUCCAUGAAGUGAACACCGAUGGCGUAGAACCAAUGGAUUCAGUCCUGGAGGACAGGUGUCUGUAUCUCAGAGAUGAUGAUGUUACAGAAGGCAACUGCAUGAAAGAGCUGAUGAAAAAUGCCAGAGAGAAAGUAGAGGAGUAUUUUGUAGCCCCACCAGGUAACAUCCCUUUACCAAAGCUAGAAGAACGAGACACUUUUCUGCAGGGCUCUCAGUGAAAGCCCAGGACCCAAACACUGUUUUGAUGGUUUAUUUGGGAAACAAAGUUUUGUGCAAUCACAGCUGAAAUACCCUGCCAUUGUCAUCAAAAGAGGAGCACUUGCAAGACAGUGUACAGAAGAAAGAAGAUGUAAGAGGUUUAGUAGUGCUACUGAAAUAGUCUAUCUUUAGGAUGCUAAGGCAGCAUGACAGGUGACCUUAGUGCUUUUAUUUAACCAAGUGAAUUUGAUGUUAAUUCUUAAAGAUACUGAAGAGCCUAAAGGCCCUAAAAAGAGCUUCAAAAGGUAAUGAUGAAAAGUCCCCAAACAGUAUAUGUUCUUUUCUCAUGAAGUUUGUCAAGAAAACAAGAGAGUUUAGACCAGUUUCUCAUCUGUGGAUCCUGUCUGCAUCUGACCCUGUCAGAAGUAACAAAGUCUGGUAUGGAGGAGGAAUCCAUCAGACUGCAGAGUAUCAAUGUAAUAUAUGGACAGAACUUAUCUUCAUGAUGGAAGAAAAGAGACUUUGAGAAGAGGAUUUGCUCGAGUAUUUUGUUUCCACUGAAUAUUGUUAUGUCUUGCUCCAUAUACCUUGUGGCCUACCUUCUCUUUCCCACUUCAUAUUCUCAUGAAUAAAAUACCUGGAAUUGUA